UAGCAAUGCCGAUCAGAGCUGAGACAGUCGUCUGUUUUGAUGCGACAUGUGAUGUAGCAUGUCAACUCAUCACGAACGGCUUAAUAAAUCACCACAUGCAUCAGAAUUAAUCACAAAACACGGACAAAACUGGAGAGAGCGCUACACAGAAAGAAACGAGUCUUGUCAGUCAGACACAGACGGCGGCAGCAUUUUAGAGUGAGGCCCAGGCUCCAGCUGGCCUUGGAGAGCACCGGCAUGAUGGAGGGAGGUAUGCAGCUGCUGAACCGGGAUGGCCACAGCAUCUCGCACAACUCCAAGCGCCACUACCACGACUCCUUCGUGUCCAUGAACCGCAUGCGGCAGCGUGGCCUGCUCUGCGAUAUCGUACUCCAUGUGGCCAACAAGGAGAUUAAGGCGCACAAGGUGGUGCUGGCCUCCUGCAGUCCAUACUUCCAUGCCAUGUUUACAAAUGAGAUGUCAGAGAGUCGUCAGACCCAUGUGACCCUGCAUGACAUUGACCCUCAGGCUCUGGAGCAGCUGGUGCAGUACGCUUACACCGCUGAGAUCGUAGUAGGAGAAGGCAAUGUGCAGACCCUGUUGCCGGCAGCAAGUCUUCUGCAGCUCAAUGGAGUGAGAGAUGCCUGCUGUAAAUUCCUCCUCAGCCAGCUGGACCCCUCAAACUGCCUGGGCAUCCGCGGCUUUGCAGACACUCACUCCUGCAGCGACCUUCUUAAGUCAGCUCAUAAGUACGUCCUGCAGCACUUUGUAGAGGUAUCCAAAACUGAGGAGUUCAUGCUGCUGCCUCUCAAACAGGUGCUGGAUCUGAUCUCUAGCGAUAACCUGAAUGUCCCAUCAGAGGAGGAGGUGUACAGGGCUGUGCUGAGCUGGGUCAAGCAUGACAUUGAUGGGCGGAGGCAACACGUGCCGCGGCUGAUGAAGUGUGUGCGUCUGCCCCUGCUUACACGGGACUUCCUGAUGAGUAACGUGGAUACGGAGCUGCUGGUACGUCACCACUCUGAGUGCAAAGACCUGCUGAUCGAGGCGCUGAAGUAUCACCUGAUGCCCGAGCAGAGGGGUGUGCUCAGUAACAGUCGUACACGACCACGCCGCUGCGAAGGAGCCAGCCCAGUUCUGUUUGCCGUAGGUGGGGGCAGUCUUUUUGCUAUUCAUGGAGACUGUGAGGCCUAUGAUACCAGGACAGACCGCUGGCACAUGGUUGCAUCCAUGUCAACACGGCGGGCUCGAGUCGGAGUGGCCGCCAUUGGAAACAAGCUCUAUGCUGUGGGCGGGUAUGAUGGCACUUCGGAUUUGGCAACUGUAGAGUCGUAUGACCCAGUCACUAAUGCGUGGCAACCUGAGGUGUCCAUGGGAACGAGGAGGAGCUGUUUAGGUGUGGCGGUUCUGCAUGGGCUGCUGUAUGCGGCAGGAGGAUAUGAUGGUGCUUCCUGUCUCAACAGUGCAGAAAGGUAUGACCCACUGACCAGUACCUGGACCUCCAUCGCUGCCAUGAGCACCAGGAGGAGAUAUGUCCGAGUGGCCACAUUAGAUGGCAGUUUGUAUGCAGUCGGUGGGUACGACAGCUCUUCACACUUAGCAACAGUAGAAAAAUACGACCCUCAGAGUAAUGCAUGGACUGCCAUUGCCAACAUGUUAAGCAGGAGAAGCAGUGCAGGAGUGGCUGUACUGGAAGGCAUGCUUUAUGUUGCGGGUGGCAAUGAUGGUACCAGCUGCCUAAAUUCGGUGGAACGAUACAAUCCCAAAACCAACACGUGGGAAGGAGUGGCUCCUAUGAACAUCCGCAGGAGCACCCAUGACCUGGUCGCCAUGGACGGAUGGCUAUACGCAGUCGGAGGAAACGAUGGCAGCUCUAGCCUCAAUUCCAUAGAAAAGUACAACCCUCGUAGCAACAAGUGGGUGGCAGCGUCAUGCAUGUUCACACGCCGUAGCAGCGUUGGAGUCGCUGUUCUGGAGCUCCUCAACUUUCCUCCUCCAUCCUCUCCCACUCUUUCCGUCUCCUCCACUAGUCUUUGACAAAGGGUAAAAACCCGGCUUAGCUCAAGCGGCCUGCCUUGUGUGGCCAAGAGGCGCAACUGCUCGGUUUGAGCACCAAACGAGGAGUGUUUUGUGGGCCACAGCGCCCUCCCUCUGCCUGGAGGAUUACUGCAGAUGGUUAAAAAAAGGAUGAAAAGGAAAAAUCACACUCUUACACGCCUCCACGACUGUCACCCUGUAAACCCUAGUGCUUGAAAGUGCAAAGUCAUGUUGCUCUGCCAUUUUGCGGUCACUUUGUGUAAAAUAUAUACCUAAAUGUACAUUUAAUUUAUGUUUACAUUUUUCUUUUUGAAGAAAUAAUAUAUUAAACACGAAAAAAAAAAACAACUUUAGGAAUGUAGCUCUCGACAGGUUCUGCCAUGCAUGUUUACAAAAAUUUCGUCCUGGCAGAAAAUAAUAUUGUAGUGCUGCUGUGCCACACUAGGUGGCAGUAACGUGCAAUGCUGCCCUUUCUCACCACAGACGCGCAUGGACAUUUUAGAAGCAGAAAAUUCUCACAGAAACAUGCGAAUUCUACACUACGUACACCUGAGUGUGCUCAGAUCAUGUUGACAACAUAAUAUAUGUUUUAUGUAUUUUAAUAUUUAUUUAUCAAUUGUAAUAUAAACAUAUGACACUAUUUCAGAGAUGUUUGAAGGACCACCUCUGACUGAAGAGGAGAUAUAUAGUUUUCACAUACAAAUGAACAUACUUAUUGCAUAUCAGAGAAGCACUGGUGUUUGGUAUGAAAUGUGGGAGAAGAGGUGUUUAGUGUUUUAUCUAAGAGACAUGCUCGGUUUGUUUUCUAAAGUCAUGUAUUACAAGCCUUUUAGAGUUUGGGACUCUACUAAUAUGACACGUCUAUUUCACUAACCAGGAGAAAUGUCAAACCAAGACUAUAUAGCCAUACUUAAAAAAAACUAGCUGUGACAUUAAAGCUGCACUUUCUCUUUUUUUGUGGUUUAAAACGGGCGAUUGGUGCUCAGAACUAAUCCUGAUUAAGUGAUUAGUAAUACUGACACUUCAAAAUAAAGCCCUUCAAUGUGAGUAACUCGGAUACUAUAAGCUCCUGUAUGUUGUACGUCACAGUAUUUUUGCUUUAAGUCUUUAGUUACGUUUCCAAGGUUGAUCACAUUGUCAUUGUAUAUUGCAUUUUAUAACUUUUAUUGCUCAUUUGCCAGGGUUGUCAGCUUUGACAGCUUGAUCAGAUCUAGAUGGUAUGUGUUGUGCAGUGAUGUCAUUGGUAAUAGCCACUACUAAUGCAUCUUACUUCAGAUGGGAAGUUGAGUGAACACUGGGUUUGGUGAGUGAUUGUUUUUAACUGAUGAGAGCGCGGAGAACAAGGGAUUUUUCACACAAAAAUUAAAAUGUAUUUAUUUAUUUAUUUUAAUUACUUUUCGCUACGUUGUCCCGAACAUGUACGACAUUGUUUAUGAACACAACUGAUAUUAGAAGAAAGCCUAAGCUGUUAUGGUUAAACAGUUAAUGGGGGUCAGUCGUAUGGGAAAGGAUCAGCUUGAACAUUCUGCUAAAUAUCUUUUAUAUUUUACAGGAAAAAGUCAUAUAUGGUUUGGAAGAAGGUUUAAUUUUUGUGUGAUCGAUCCUUUAAAUUCAGUUCUGCUCUCUGCCAUUUUACUUAGGUUUUAAAAUGUAGUAUUAUAUGAUUUCAAAACUUCUGAGAAGUUAGGAUUUUAUUUCCUUUUUUUUAAGGACUUUGUUAAUUCAGAGAAACGUGUUUAAGGUCAGUAUGAGUUUGCGUCCAGGGAGAUCAGAGUGCUCUGUAUGUGUGUUUCUGUAGAAGUGGAACAUCCUGCACUUUGACAAUGACUGAAUAUAUACAUGCAUAACACACACCGCAGGACCACAUCCCCACAGAAAUCAAUUACAGUAUGUAUAUAACCAAAUAUCCUGAAACUUUGUGCAAUGUCUAUGUAAUCGUGGCUUUUUUUCUUUUGUCCUUUUUUCCCCCGAUCGUAAUGUUGUUGAAUGUGUUAUUUAUAUUGUGUUGGUUAUGUUUUGCUAUAUUUAAAAACAAACAUGAAUUUUUGCACUACAGUCAAAUGGAGCAAUAUACUGCUGUUUAAAAUGAAAACACACUACUGUAAAUGAAAUAAAGCUGUUUUCAUGUGGAA